AUGAAAUGAAAACAUUUGCAGGACAGCAGAUUGAACCUUUGUUCCAAUUUUCCUGGCUUAUUGUGUUCCUUUCACUUUCAUUGUGUGGUGGCCUUGGAUUAUUGCUGGCAUUCACCGUAGAUGAAAAACUCGGAAUAGCCGCGGCACUGAGUUUAUUGGCACUGCUAUAUGUAUUUUUCAGUAAAAAGAAAUGGAAAAAAACUUGCUGUCUCCCAUCUUUCGUUAUCUUCCUCUUUAUUCUGAGCUGCAUUGUUGCUGGGAUAACUCUUAUAGCCUAUUUCAAAGUGAAUCCUGAAAACAUGACCGUGAAUGCUAUUUUGAUUUCAUUUUUAUGCGUUGUGGGUUUGAGCUUUAUCUUGAACUGUCGCACAUGGUGGCAAGUGAUGGACUCCAUCUUAAAUUCACAGAGAAAACGGCUUCACAGUGCUGCGUCAAAACUACACAAACUGAAGAGUGAGGGGUUUAUGAAAGUUCUUAAAUGUGAAGUGGAGCUGAUGGCAAAAAUGGCAAAAACUAUAGAUAGCUUUACUCAGAAUCAAACCAGGCUUGUAGUAAUUAUUGAUGGAUUGGAUGCCUGUGAACAGGAUAAAGUUUUACAGAUGCUUGAUACAGUCCGAGUCCUUUUUUCUAAAGGUCCAUUUAUUGCCAUUUUUGCUAGUGAUCCCCAUAUCAUCAUCAAGGCAAUUAAUCAGAAUCUGAACAGUGUACUAAGAGACUCAAAUAUAAAUGGACAUGAUUACAUGAGGAAUAUAGUUCAUUUACCUGUAUUUCUUAAUAGUCGUGGACUCAGUGGUGCUAAAAAGAUGAUGCUAGUUGCAACCACGAAUGGAGAUGUUCCAUAUACAGAUAGUUCAGGAUUUCACGACGACAUUGAUCGAAGAAUUUCACAGAAUAGCCUGGGAGAUGUGACUAAACUUGGAAGUAAAACAGCUCUCAAUAGAAGGGAUACCUACAGAAGAAGGCAAAUGCAGCGUACCAUUACACGUCAGAUGUCUUUUGAUCUGACCAAGCUACUGGUUACAGAAGACUGGUUCAGUGAUAUUAGCCCACAGACAAUGAGGCGAUUGCUUAAUAUUGUUUCUGUGACAGGACGUUUAUUGAGAGCUAAUCAGAUCACUUUCAACUGGGAUAGGCUGGCAAGCUGGAUCAACUUGACAGAGCAAUGGCCUUACAGAACAUCCUGGCUUAUAUUGUAUUUGGAAGAAACAGAAGGUGUUCCAGAUCAACUAACUUUAAAAACAAUCUAUGAGAGAAUUUCAAAGAAUAUUCCAACAACUAAAGAUGUUGAACCUUUACUAGAAAUUGAUGGUGAUAUUCGAAAUUUUGAAGUAUUUUUGUCAUCACGAACUCCAGUCCUUAUAUCACGGGAUGUAAAAAUAUUUUUACCAUGUACAGUAAAUCUUGAUCCCAAACUGCGAGAAAUUAUUGCAGACGUCCGGGCUGCAAGAGACCAAAUUAAUAUUGCAGCAAUUCCAUAUCCUGCGAUGCCUAUACAAGAAGCGGCACCCAGAGCAUCAACAGUAUUUAGUCAGCCAUCGUCAGCCUGCUCUUCAACCCAUUCUUUUAAUGGACCUUUCAACGGAGGAGUUGUAUCACCACAACCCCAUAGUAGCUACUACAGUGGAAUGACAGGACCUCAGCAUCCAUUUUAUAACAGACCAUUCUUUGCCCCAUAUGUUUACAUGCCAAGGUAUUACCCUGGCAAUUCUCAUCUCACCUCCCGUCCAUCACUAAAACCGACUUUGUCCAGGGAACAAAGCAUUGGUCUAGAUAUUAUCAAGGAGGAUGUUGAUGAGUGGCUAUCGAUACCCACAGAGCCCUCAAUGGUAAAAGUGUAGUCAUGUGGUGUGUGGAACUGUAGCAUCUCGUUGCUUCCUCAACAAUAAUGAAUUUGCUUUAAUUAUAACUGCUGUUCACUAACUGCAUCAGUGGCUUGAUGGACAAAUAGUAUAGAUGAAGACUAAUAAGCAUAGUUUGUGAAUGAAUUGGCUAAUAUCCUGCUUAUAGAAUAUAUUAUUUACAUUUUCCAUGCUGCCUUUCAGUAGUCCGCCAAAAACAGUUAUUUUUAAUAAUAUAAAGCGUGUUACAUCUUCAUUAGUAAGUGUUUUUUUCGGUUCAU